AUGCAUCAUCCCAUUUUCCUUCUGGGUGUGGGUGCAGUGUUUGGAUUCUUCUUUUCCACUUUUCUUGACGGAGAUGAUGUGUUCUGGAAUGGGACCGGGAAAUUGAACUUUCUUUCAUCUGGAAGCGAAAAACUUAUCAACGACGGACUUGAAAAUGGAUGGAAAAGAAUCAACGUCUUUUAUGGAUCUUCAGACCAUGUCGAAUCAUUGAUUCCUCCAAACAAGCAGUGGUACUCCCAGGCACGACAAGAUGAAGUUGUCAUCAGUCUACUAGGUGGGAAGAGAGGUGGGUUCUUCAUUGAUUUGGCAGCAAAUGAUGCUACGGUUUUGUCAAAUACCUAUGCACUCGAGAAAAGCUACGGCUGGAGAGGCCUUUGCAUUGAGCCCAAUGCAGACUACUUUUAUAAUCUCACACAUUAUCGGGGAAAUUGCGAGCUUGUGGCAGCUGUUAUUGGAGGCAAUCGAAUGGAGAAAAUCGACUUCUUUGCAGCCGGAGACCACUCAGGUAUAGUGGGAUUUGACAAUCCCGAACGACUGAGGAAAAAGUCGAGACAAGAGUAUACAGUGACAUUGGAAGAGAUUUUAUGGCGCUUUAAUGCACCGGUUGAGAUUGAUUACCUAUCCCUAGAUGUUGAAGGAGCAGAAGAAUAUAUAAUGGCUGUUUUCCCUUUUGAAAAGUACAGGAUCAAGCUUAUGACAAUCGAACGACCAAAAGAGAAGCUCAGAGACCUAUUGGCUUCAAGAGGCUACAUGCAAAUCCAACGCCUUUCGAGAUGGGGUGAGUGUUUGUUUGCACAUCGAGAUAUCAUAAACGAAUUGGACAUGUCACGCUUGGAUGAGUUCAACGGCAGAAGGCAAUACCUCUUAGAAAAGGAAGCCUCUAAAUUGAGGGAAGAAGAAAAGAAGAGAUGA